AGAAGAGCGGGAGGCCCCGAGGCCCCCCCCGUCCUCAGCAGGCGGCCCGAUCCUCAGUAGCGCCUGCAGGCGGGCGAGGAUGCCCGGCGGGGCUGCGGGGCGCAGGCGGGCUCCCCCCGGGCUCGGGCAUCCCUGGAAGGCGGCCGGAGGAGCCCUCCGCCUCUUCCGAGGCAGCAGCACCGCCCUGCGGAGAAGCGGCCGAACAGCAGGCAGGGUCGGCAGCUGGGAAGAUCUCUGCCUUGCUUGCAAAGGAGGAGCCGCGGCGGGGACGGGUCUGGGGCUCCGCUCGGGACCCUCCGCCAGCCGCAGUUGGGCAUGGAGUACCCGUGGCUCUUCUUCCCUGCCGGGCUCCGUCCCCGGUCCUCCUCCACACACCUCCUCUGGGCCGGACAGGAAUUAGAGCACCGCUCCCCGUGAGCUCUCGUCCCUGCUCGGUUUCCGGAGGGGUCUCGAGGGGGAGCCCCAGGCAGUCAAGCCAAUUGGGAAGGCUGAUAGAAAUCUCGCCCCCCCCCCUUCUCUCCUUUUCUGAGUGUUUAUAACUUCCCACCUGGUUUGUAUAAGCAUUAUAAUCACACCUCUGCUGCUGGACGGGCCCCGGGAAUUCCCUGAAUGGCUCAGACUUAAUAUUUCCCCUGGAAGCAGGCAGGCGGGCAAGGGGCUGCGCUGCCCAAGUGCUGCUUCUGUUGCAUCCACACAUUUCAAGAGGGACUCAAAGUAGGGCACGACCUCACAACCACAAUGGAACCCGGUGGUCCUGGUUGCCUCGAGACAGGUGAGGGUUCCAAGGGUGACAGUUCAGCUGGCAUCAGGAUGCAGAACUGGUUCUCUCUUAAUCGGCAUCUCCGCAGGUCCAUCUAUGAGAAGAACAGACCGUUUUCCGAGGAUGAUAAAGCAGAAACCCAGGAUGAAGCUGAAAGAGACCCCGUUGUAGGAGAAGGUUGUCUUCUUCAGCUGCAGCCCCAACCAGGUCCAGCUGCUGCAAGUGGUGAUCCAGAGGCCCCCAGCAAGGCUCAGGCUGACCGCUUGGUUCCUGACUCCUCGGCCUCCAAGGCCAUUUGCCCAGAGGCUGCCCUUCCGGCUCCUAUGCCUCCAGAGGAGAUCAUGGCUUUGAUUCAGGAGCUGCAAGCUGCACAUGAGUUCCAGUCUUCUCACUUCCAAGAGCGCAGGCAGGAUCUUCGCAGCUGCCACGAUUGCCUGAAGUCCAUGAAGACGCUCAAGGAGCACCUCCAGGCUGUGAAGGCCAGGCUGUGGCACGUGGAGACCAUGCUAGGCAUUCAGGUCCCACCUCAAGAACUGGACCCGGAGGAGGAACAGGAGGAGCCAAGCGCCCAGGACAGCCCCUGCGACCCAGAUCUUGUUCCUGCCCCCCCCCUUGUCUAAUGGGGGGGCCUGAGAUGCAAGGAAAGCCGGCACAGCAGCAUAAAUAGAGAUCUGCAGUCUCUAA